CCCACGCCGGAAGACUCCUCCUUCCCAGAAGCCCCUGCGGCGGGGCACGAAGAUGGCGGCAGUGACCAAACACCCCUAAAGCAGCCGCGAUGGAACCUCCCCCGGCACCGGGGCCGGAGCGGCUCUUUGACUCGCACCGGCUCCCGGGUGACGGCUUCCUGCUCCUAGCGCUGCUGCUCUACGCGCCCGUCGGGUUCUGUCUCCUUGUCCUGCGCCUCUUUCUUGGGAUCCACGUCUUCCUGGUCAGCUGCGCGCUGCCAGACAGCGUCCUUCGCAGGUUCGUGGUACGGACCAUGUGUGCGGUGCUAGGGCUCGUGGCCCGGCAGGAGGACUCCGAACUCCGGGAUCACCGCGUCAGGGUCCUCAUUUCCAACCACGUGACACCUUUCGACCACAACAUAGUCAACCUGCUCACCAGCUGUAGUACCGUGAGUGGGGGGCGAAGCCGAGAGUGCCACGGGCAGUUCCCUGGGGCCCAACAUAAGGCUUCCCUCUGCCCGCCCGGGCUUCCCUUGGGGACCACGAGAUACUGCGCCUUAACGCUAACCCCGCUUCUCUACCCCAGAUGUCAGUUUUUAUCACUUCCCAACAUUCUUCUUGCUUUCUCUCUUCCCUGUUCCCAGCCUCUACUCAAUAGUCCUCCCAGCUUUGUAUGCUGGUCUCGGGGCUUCAUGGAGAUGGAUGGGCGGGGGGAGUUGGUGGAGUCACUCAAGAGAUUCUGUGCUUCCACGAGGCUUCCCCCUACCCCUCUGCUGCUAUUCCCAGAGGAAGAGGCCACCAAUGGCCGGGAGGGGCUCCUGCGCUUCAGUUCCUGGCCAUUUUCUAUCCAGGAUGUGGUACAGCCUCUUACCCUGCAAGUCCAGAGACCUCUAGUCUCUGUGACAGUGUCAGAUGCCUCCUGGGUCUCAGAACUGCUGUGGUCACUGUUUGUUCCUUUCACGGUGUAUCAAGUAAGGUGGCUCCGUCCUGUUCAUCGCCAGCUGGGAGAGGGGAAUGAGGAGUUUGCCUUCCGUGUACAACAGCUGGUGGCCAAAAAAUUGGGCCAGACAGGAACACGACUCACUCCAGCAGACAAAGCAGAGCACAUGAAGCGGCAAAGACAUCCUAGAUUGCGCCCCCAGUCAGCCCAAUCUUCUUUCCCUCCCUCCCCGGGCCCUUCUCCUGAUGUGCAGCUGGCAACUCUGGCUCAGAGAGUCAAGGAGGUUUUACCCCAUGUGCCACUGGUCGUCAUCCAGAGAGACCUGGCCAGGACUGGCUGCGUAGACUUGACCAUCACCAAUCUGCUUGAGGGGGCUGUAGCUUUCAUGCCUGAAGACAUCACUGAGGGGACCCAGUCCCAUCCCGCAGCCUCUGCCCCCCAGUUUCCCAGCUCUGGCCCGGUGACCCCUCAGCCCACAGCCCUAACAUUUGCCAAAUCCUCCUGGGCCCGGCAGGAGAGCCUACAGGAGCGCAAACAAGCACUAUACGAAUACGCAAGAAGGAGAUUCACAGAGAGACAGGCCCAGGAGGCUGACUGAGCACAGGAUGGUACCCAGAGCCGCAGGACGGAGACUGGGGGCAGCCCUCACCCAACUCACAACAGGCCUGAUGGGUGGGUGGUAGAAAGGGAGGGAUGGGCCUGCCCCCAGUGUCACAUUAAAUUCAGGGUUUUCACUCAAGG